AGUCGUCUCUUCUUUCUGUUUCUAUCACUACUUUCGAAAUGAUGCCGAUGCCGUCUUCUGAGUUGCUCUUUGUAAACAACAAUAUUGCACCACCCAUCACCAAUAUACAUAUAUAUAGACUAGAUCGAUAGUAUCUAUAUUCACAUUCUCAAAAUUUUAAAAUAAAAAAUGGGGUCGAAAAAGCUACAUGCCAUUAUGAUUGGUUUCUGCUACCAAGGGCAUAUCAUCCCUUUCAUCAAUCUGGCUAUGAAGCUUGCUUCAAAUGGAUGCGCAGUCACGUUCGUCCACACCGACUACGUUCACCACAUGCUAACCAACGCUGACGGUGUUGUGGACGCCGAUCCCUUCCUGGGAGCUCGCCAAUCGGGUCUGGACAUACGUUACGCCACCAUUAGUGAUGGGUUCCCGCUGGAUUUCGACAGGAUACACAACUUCAAGCAGCAUUGGGAGGCCAUUUUUCUCGAUUUCCCAUCACGUGUGGAUGAACUACUUGGAAACAUAAUCCCGUCGGAAUCCGAUGAUGCGCAUUUCUUGGUUGCUGAUACGUUCUAUUCUUGGCCUGCAACUAUUGCUCAAAAAUAUAACAUCUUGAACGUCUCCUUUUGGACACAGCCGGCUCUAGUGUUUGCCAUAGACUAUCACUUGGAUCUUCUCAGAGAGAAGGGCUAUUUCCCAAUAAAAGCAGGUGAUGAGGAAAAUGUGAUCGUAGAUAUCAUACCAGGAAUUCAGCCCAUUAAGACCAAGGACUUGAUGUCCAAUUUUCACGAUUUUGACGAAACAAGCACCACCAAUAGGAUUGUGGUGGAAGCAUUUCAGCAGGUGAAGCGCGCAGAUUUCAUCUUGAUCAACACAGUAAACGAACUCGAACACGAAUCCGUUUUAGCUAUCAACCAAAAGCAGCCAACUUAUGCAAUCGGCCCUUUAAACUUCACCAUCGAUUCCACCAAAACUGCUGUUCCGAAAAGCCUAUGGGCCGAAGCAGAUUGCGCGGAGUGGCUUGACUCGAAGCCUCGUGGCUCUGUUUUGUACGUUUCAUUCGGCAGUCUUGCUCAGAGCAACCAGCAACUGGCUGAGGAGAUAGCUAAUGGGCUUCUCCUCAGCGGAGUUCACUUUGUUUGGGUGAUUCGGAACGGCGCAGACGUUUUGCCGGACGGGUUCGAGAAUGAGAUGUGCAAGGAUCAAGGGCUGAUCGUUUCGUGGUGCAACCAGAAUGCGGUGCUCUCGAAUCCUGCAAUUGGAGGAUUCCUGACACACUGUGGAUGGAACUCGAUUCUAGAAACUAUAUGGUGCGGCGUUCCGGUGAUCUGCUAUCCGUUUUUUGCAGAUCAGCCAACUAACAGGAAACUAGUGGUUGAUGAUUGGAAGGUGGGUAUUAACCUUUGCGACGGGAUAUCAGUUGAUCGGAAAGAAGUUGCAGCGAAGAUCAAGCAAUUGAUGAGUGCAGAAGCUUCGAAUGGGUUGAGGGAUGAGAUGAAGAAAAUGAGCGCUGUGAUGCACAGUGCAUUGGAUGAAGAUGGCUCCACGCACACAAGUUUUCAUCAAUUUCUUGAUCAUUUGUGGGCUAGGGCUCAGCCUGCUACACAUGCCUGAACUUUACAAAUAAUUCGGUUUAUAAGAUUUUGACUGCAAUACUGAAUUUAUUCGGACUGCAAUACUGGAUUUAUUUGAUUUGUUUCGAUGAAUUAAUUUUUCUAUACGACUACAUUACAA